AUGACACUAGUCAUCCUAGGGGAAACUCUAAGCUACCUCCGCAUCAACGGCAUCUGGCCCAAAAGCGGCCACGAACUAAACCCAGGAAAGUGGUUCUACAUUAAAUUCAUACUAUUACUCACAUCUCAAUCGGUAAUCCUCAUCGGAAGCUCAGCUCACUUAGUGGUGUCCGUACAAAACGACUCCAGCAACAUCUUCUUAGACCUAGUUAUCCUAAUCGGAGAAGUGGGUGUGUUUUACUUCAACGCCACUUACGUUAGAUAUGAAGAGCCCAUAGCGAAGAUUUUCACCCACCUUUCUAACUUCAAUAAAUUCGGGAAACCCCCAAAUUUUGCACAGCGCAACAAGAAGUUGAUGUUUUGGUCGAGAUUGUACAAAACGUACAUCGACGCUGCUCUUGUUAGCAUAUACCUGGAGCCCUUCAUCAAGCUGAAAUCUUGCGAAAGGGAAAACUUGAAGCGCAAGUUUAAGGAAAUUUGUGGGUUGGUGGUCGCGACUUGGGCGCCUUUCGACAUCAGCGUGUUUCCAUUUAAACAAAUUCUUUAUGUGUGGCAAGUUUACACGCUUAUGUUUACGUUGAAGGGAGCGGCGCUUAUUUCGUUUUCAAUUAUGGAGUCGAUGGAGCAUUUGGUUGUGAGAAUACAACAUUUGAAGACGAUGUUGUUGGAGACGGUGGAGACCGAAGACGCGAAACUGAGGGUGGAAAGAUUGUUGAAGUGUGUUGAAUACCACAACGAUAUUUUUGGGGUUGGACAAGAGAUGGAUAAGAAUUUCGCCAAUUGUUUGUUUUUGCACGUGUUAUUUUCGGGAGCGCUCUUUGGGUGUAUAGGUUACAUAGUGAUGGAGACUUUCUCGUUACUGUCGUACUCGUUAUUUUUGGGUUGGGUGCUCUCACUUAUCAUUGUCUCAGUUAGUGGUCAACAUGUAAUGGACGAAGGACUUUCAGUUGGCGACACCGCUUACAACAGUAAGUGGUAUGACAGAAAUGCUUCUUUUCAAAGAAACAUCGUUCUGAUUAUAAUCAGGUCUCAAAGACCUAUACUUAUUCACGCUGGACCAUUUAGUUACCUUUCGCACGUUAUCGUGCUGACUAUAAGCAAAUCUGUAGAAUAUUACUACAAUAUUUAUAAGUUUUGUGAAAAAGCAGACAUUUCUACUAAUUUAAAAGAGCUGAAGGUAGGUAAGUUACUGUCAAGAGAACGGUUCAUGUCCGGAUUGAUCAAGUUAAGGAAUAUUUUCCAACUUUUCGCAAACUUGACUGCACCUGAAAGAUUGACGUUAGUCGACGUCUAA